GUUCUGAAGUGACCAGAGGUUUCUUUAAGAGUUGGUUUUGCACAGUGCCACAACUAGACUGCAAAAUGGUCAGCCGAUUUGAACACCCGGCUGGUAGCUACAAGAAGAUCUUUGAGACAUGUGAGGAGCUGGCUGAGCCUAUUCCUGCUACAGUCACAGGUAGGAUUCCUCCAUUUAUCAAGGGGAGUCUUCUGCGCUUGGGACCGGGCCUUUUUGAGGUUGGAGAUGAACCUUUUUAUCAUCUCUUUGAUGGCCAGGCCCUCAUGCACAAAUUUGACUUCAAGAACGGCCAAGUCACCUACUUCAGAAAGUUUGUCAGAACAGACGCCUAUGUGAGAGCCAUCACUGAGAAGCGUGUGGUGAUCACUGAGUUUGGCACCUUUGGGUACCCUGAUCCCUGCAAAAACAUUUUCUCCAGGUUCUUCUCUUACUUCAAGGGUGUUGAAGUGACAGACAACUGCCUGGUGAAUGUUUACCCUAUUGGUGAGGAUUAUUAUGCCGUAACAGAAACCAACUACAUAACUAAGGUUGACACUGACUCCUUGGAGACACUGAAGAAGGUUGACCUGUGCAACUAUGUCAACAUCAAUGGAGUGACAGCCCACCCUCACAUUGAGAAAGAUGGUACUGUGUACAACAUUGGCAACUGCAUGGGAAAAGGAGCAUCGUUGGCCUAUAACAUUGUCAGGACUCCCCCCACUCAGAAAGACAAGUCGGAUCCCAUUGAGAAGUCCAAGGUGGUGGUGCAGUUCCCCAGUGCUGAGCGGUUCAAGCCAUCCUAUGUGCACAGCUUUGGCAUGUCAGAAAACUACUUUGUCUUUGUGGAGACCCCUGUGAAAAUCAACCUGCUGAAGUUCCUGAGUGCUUGGAGCAUCAGAGGCUCCAACUACAUGGAUUGUUUCGAGUCCAACGAGGCCCAAGGAACUUUGUUUCACAUUGCCAAGAAAGAUCCAGGAGAGUACAUUGAUCUCAAAUUCAAAGGAGCAGCCAUUGGCAUGUUCCACCACAUCAACACCUAUGAGGACCAGGGCUUCAUUGUUGUUGACCUCUGUGGCUGGAAAGGCUUUGAGUUUGUCUACAACUACCUAUGGUUGGCAAACUUGAGAGCCAACUGGGAAGAGGUGAAGAAGGCAGCCAUGAUGGCGCCACAGCCAGAGGUCCGCAGAUAUGUUAUUCCCUUGGACGUCCACAAGGAGGAGCAGGGGAAGAACUUGGUCAGUUUGCCUUACACCACAGCCACAGCUACCAUGCACGCUGAUGGGACGAUCUGGUUGGAGCCUGAGGUGCUAUUCUCCGGUCCUCGACAAGCCUUUGAGUUCCCUCAGAUCAACUACGCCAGGUACCAGGGGAAGAAUUACACAUACGCCUAUGCCUUGGGUCUCAACCAUUUCAUUCCAGACAGGAUCUGCAAAUUGAACGUGAAGACCAAGGAGACCUGGGUGUGGCAAGAACCAGAUUCCUACCCCUCAGAGCCCCUCUUUGUUCAGACUCCUGAUGCGUUAGAUGAGGAUGAUGGUGUGCUGCUGACCAUCGUUGCAGCUCCUGGAUCUCAGAGACCAGCAUACCUCCUAAUCCUCAACGCCAAGGAUCUGUCUGAGGUCGCCCGGGCAGAGGUGGAUUGUGGAAUCCCUGUCACCUUUCACGGGAUGUACAAACCCUAAUAAUGCUUAUUCUCAGAGUGAAAAAGAAGUUGUCCAUGUUAGGGCUAAUAAUUACGACUCAAUAAAUAAGCUUGAUAAAUAUUGACUUAAUGUACCAAUAUGUCAAGAGAAAUAAAGCUUGGUUGUAUGUGAAAUGAAACAAAGUAUGAGAAGUUGAGUAAUUCUAACCAUGAAUUUCUCAGCAAUGGUGAAAUAAAUAAUGAUGUGUGCACAUGCUUUGUUAACAGACUAUUUCAUGGUUUAACAAAUAAAAAUGAUCAAAAUCAAA